AUGAAGGACCACCCCCACCCCCACCUCCAGCCUGAGGAUAUGGGCAUCGAGCACCCGGACGCCGCCGAGGAGGAUUUCAUGGAACACGCCGUGAACCUGGAGUCGAGAAAGACCCACGGGUCCAACUCUCAGUUGCCGAGUGCACCAGCUGACAGCAGAUUCUACAACGAGGGCUACGCCGCGGGCCACGCCCACGGCAAACUGCACGGAUUGUUUGAGGGCCGGCAGCUCGGACUUGAGAAGGCGUGGGAGAUCUGGGAGGAGGUCGGGUUCUACGAGGGCUUUGCUGCUGUUGCUGAGCGCAAGCUGGCGACGUCGGGCGGGUCGGGACGGAAGGAUGCCAAAACACAACUGCACAUUAAAACCCUGCGCGAGCUCAUCUCGCAAUUCCCCACCACGAACCCGACACCAGCGGGCGGAGAACCAGUGCCGGAGGACGAGGGGCCGGAUCUUGCCUCGCUCAUGUCCCAGAUUCGCGCGCGGUACCGUCUCCUCUGUACCAGUGUUGGCGCGCGACCCCGUCUCGUCGCCGUCAGCAAGGACGGAACGGACGGCGCGCUGCCGUCUGCUGGCGUCGUGGAGGGGAUUGAGGGGCCGAUGAAGGGCGUCGACACGCGGCAGCUCAAGUUCUAG